AUGGGGUCCCAGAUUGACUCGCAAGACGAGUUCACGGUGCUCGUCACCGGCUUCGGCCCAUUCAAAGCCCAAUACCCCGUCAACCCCUCCUGGGAGAUCGCCCACUCCCUCCCCUCCUACCUCCCACCGCUCCGCGCCAAGAACCCGAAAGAGCACCCCUCGUCCUCGACCCCUUCCUCCUCCAGCCGGCCCCUGCCGCCCGUCCGGAUCCUUGUCCACCCCGAGGCCAUCCGCGUCAACUACCAGACCGUCCGCGCCCUCGUCCCGCAGCUCUGGGACCCGGCGACGCACCCGCGCAUCGACGCCGCCGUGCACAUCGGCAUGGCCGGCCCGCGCCUGUUCUACUCGGUCGAGCGCCGCGGCCACCGCGACGGCUACACGUUUCCGGACGUCGACGGAAACCGGCUCGAGGACGAGGAUCGGCGGCGGGAGGAGGGGGACAAGUGGGUGUGGCACGGCAUGCCGCCCGAGAUCGAGACGGGCUUGGACCUGGCUGAGGUUUUGGAGCGGUGGAAGGCGCACAGUCCGGAGGGCUCUGACCUGCGGAUAUCGGAAGACGCGGGCCACUACCUCUGCGACUUCAUCUACUUCUCCAGCCUGGCGCACCUCUGGAAGGCGGAGAAGCACCGCAGGGUGACGUUCCUCCACGUCCCGUCGGACGCGUCGGAGGAGUCCGUCGCCCGCGGCACCGAGCUGGCCAUCCAGCUGAUCCGGUCCAUCGCCGAGAGCGAGCUGCGCCGGAGGAGCAAGGGGGUCGAGGAGGAGGUCGUGGCCAAUGACGACAAGAUUGCAGUCGAGCUGCGGGUUUGA